GCCAGCGGCUGGUUGGGGACGCGCGCGGGCAGGGAGCGGCGGAGAGUGGUGGUCUCCCUGACGACCUGGUCCCGGGUGAACAGCUCGGGGCUGGCUGAGUCCGCGUGCGGGCAGUGAGCCACAGCUACUCCCUGCCUCUGCAGGAGACCCUCCAGCACUAGCAGCACACAGAAUGUCCCUGGCUGCUUAUUGCGUCAUCUGUUGCAGAAGAAUGGGAACCUCAACUCCUCCGCCAAAAAGCAACACAUAUUGGAGAGAUGUCAGAAAUAUAAUAAAGUUUACUGGAUCACUUAUUUUAGGAGGUUCUUUAUUUAUUACAUAUGAAGUUCUGGCCUUGAAGAAGUCUUUGACAUUAGAUACUCAAGUGGUACAAAAAGAAAAAAUGAAGUCAUAUAUAUAUGUGCACACAGUUUCUUUAGAUAAAAGAGAAAAUCACGGAAUCACCUACCAGGCAAGAAAAGAGCUUCACAAAGCAGUAAGAAAAGUAUUGGCAACGUCAGCCAGGAUAUUACGGGGUCCAUUUGCUGACACCUUUAGUACAAUUGACAUAGAAGAUCACGAAUGUGCUGUGUGGCUGCUCCUGAGGAAAAGUAAGUCCGAUGACAGAGCAGCACGACUGCAGGCUGUGCAGGAAAUGGCAGAGACCCGUCACUGGCAUGAUUACCAGUAUAGGAUAAUUGCUCAAGCCUGUGAUCUGAGAACUCUUAUUGGUCUGGCACGAAGCAAAGAUAGUGAUCUUCGUUUUUUUCUCUGCCCACCUCCUUUGCCAUCUUUAAAAGAAGAGUCUUCCGUUGAAGAAGAGCUCAGACAGUUGCUGGCUUCUUUACCUCAAACAGACCUAGAUGAGUGUAUCCAGUAUUUUACAUCUUUGGCUCUGAGUGAAAGCAGUCAAAGUCUAGCUGCUCAGAAGGGUGGUUUAUGGUGUUUUGGAGGAAAUGGACUUCCUUAUGCUGAAAGUUUUGGAGAAGUUCCUUCAGCUACAGUGGAAAUGUUCUGUUUGGAAGCUUUAGUAAAACAUUCUGAGAUAUCCACACAUUGUGAUAAAAUUGAAGCAAAUGGAGGCUUACAACUACUGCAGAGGCUGUACCAACUUCACAAGGACUGUCCUAAAGUACAGAGAAAUAUAAUGCGUAUCCUUGGAAAUAUGGCUUUGAAUGAACAUCUUCAUUCUACUAUAGUUCGCUCAGGCUGGGUGUCCAUACUGGUAGAAGCAAUAAAGUCCCACCACAUUAUGGAGGCCUCACACGCCGCCAGAACCCUGGCUAAUCUAGACCGAGAGACUGUGCAAGAUAAGUACCAGGACGGCGUGUACGUGCUGCACCCCCAGUACCGCACAAGUCAGCCCAUUAAAGCAGAUGUCCUGUUUAUUCAUGGCCUUAUGGGAGCAGCAUUCAAAACGUGGCGCCAGCAGGACAAUGAUCAGAAUUUAUCUGAAAAGGUUUCAGAGGAUGAAACCAAGUAUACAACAUGUUGGCCCAAGUCGUGGUUAGCAAGAGACUGUCCCGCUCUCCGAAUUAUAUCUGUGGAGUAUGACACCAGCCUUAGCGACUGGAGAGCAAGGUGCCCUAUGGAAAGAAAGUCCAUUGCAUUCAGGAGCAACGAACUUCUGAGGAAGCUCAGAGCUGCUGGUGUUGGGGAUAGGCCAAUGAUUUGGGUAUCACACAGCAUGGGAGGUCUUCUUGUCAAAAAGAUGCUGUUGGAAGCCUCUAAGAAGCCAGAAAUGAGUACUAUUAUAAACAAUACCAGAGGAAUAAUUUUUUAUAGUGUCCCUCAUCAUGGAUCCCACCUGGCUGAAUACUCUGUUAAUAUUCGUUAUCUUCUCUUUCCCUCUUUGGAAGUCAAAGAACUCAGCAAGGAUUCUCCUGCACUUAAAACACUACAGGAUGACUUUCUGGAGUUUGCAAAAGAUAGAAACUUCCAGGUGCUGAGUUUUGUAGAAACACUACCAACCUACAUUGGUAGCAUGAUUAAACUCCACGUGGUGCCCCUGGAAUCAGCAGAUCUAGGCAUUGGAGAUCUAAUUCCUGUGGAUGUUAACCAUUUGAACAUUUGUAAGCCAAAGAAAAAGGAUGCUUUUUUGUACCAACGUACCUUACAAUUCAUCCGUGACACUUUAGCCAAAGACCUGGAAAACUGACAAUUGUCUUUUUCUUUUUUCACACGUGAACACAGUGCAAGAAACGUGGUGUUCUCUCUUUUUAAGCUCUACGCAAUCAUGCAAAUGUAGUCAUUAUGGCAUUAAUGUGGCCUGGAGUAUGUUGCAGGCAACAGAAUAUUGUUCUGUAAAACACAAACCCAGAAGUGUCAAUCAAAGAAAGAAGGGCUAGACUGGAUUCUUCUGAUUGAAAAAACUUCCAUAUGUGCCAGUUUAUGUUUUGCAGUGUUGUCCCUGGUGAUAGGGAGCAAGCUGCUAUGGCUAAAGGAUGUGAUCUGUGACUUUUGUCAUCUGUGACUGUCCCUGGCUCAUGCUGGGAGCAGCGCUGAUGGCUUCUGAAGGGAGAGCCAUCACCAGUUUACCACAGAAAUGCCUGUUGGAGGGUGCCUAAAAUGGAGAGAGAAUGAACUAGAACAUAAAGACUCUGUUUUGGGUCAGGGUUUCCAUGUGCUGUAAGUUUUUAAAACUUGUCAGUGUAAACCUUUGUGUAACAUGUUAGCUUUGUUACACGCCUUGUCAUCCAUGGGUCAUUUCCUUGUAAGUUUUUAUUUUCAUAUUGCCGAGAACAAAUAUUUCUCUUUUUAAAAAAUUUCUAGCCUAUAAUAAUUCUUUCCAGACUGUAGCUACCUAUACUUUUAAUUUUUCCCAGAUAAGAAUAAUAAAUCCAUUGUUGAUCAGAGUGUGGACUGAAACUGUUCUAAGCUAUUAUAUGUAUAUUAGCAAUACCUAUAUCACGGUCCUCAGAUUCUUUCUUUUUAGCUAAAGUAUACCAUUAUUUCUUGCUCAUUAGGAAAUGGUAUUAAUUGGUCUCCAGCAUGUGAGAAAUAGGAAAUCAUCCUGAUGACUUUUUUUUUAAGUAACAGCAUUAUUGAGCUAUAAUUCACAUACCAUAAAAUUCACCCUUUUAAAUGCACAGCUCACUGAUUUUUAGUGUGUUUACAGAGUUGUGCAACCAUCACCACUAUCUAAUUUCAGAACAUUUCAUCAUCCCUCCAGAUAACCCCACACCCACUAGCAAUCACUCCUCCUCUUCUCUCCCCCAGCCCCUGGUAAACACUAAUCUUUCUGUCUCUGUGGAUUUGCCUAUUAUGGACAUUUCAUAUGAAUGACAAGUUUUAAAAAAUUUAUAAUACGUGGCCUUCUGUGUCUGGCUUCUUAGCAUAAUGUUUUGAAGGUUCAUCCAUGGUGUAGCAUGUAUACAUGUAGUAGGACUUCGUUCCUUUUUAUGGCCAAAUAAUAUUCCAUUGUAUGGAUGUACCACAUUUGUUUAUCCAUUCAUCAAUCAGUUGAGGGACAUUUAGGUUCUUUCAAUGUUGGGGCUGUUAUCAAUAAUGCUGCUGUUAACAUUCACGUACAAGUUUUUGUGUGGACAUGUUUUCCAUUCUCUUGGGUAUAUACUAGGAGUGGAAUUGCUGGGUCAUGUUAAGCUUAUGUCUACCAUUUUGAAAAUGAUGGACAUUUGUAGAAUGGGAUAGUCAAAGCUAAAAGGAGUACAGCAUCUGAAGGUAAACUGGGGGCAUCAGUGAACCUUAACAACAUCUAAUUGUUUAAUUAUGCAAAAACCUAACAAGUGACUUAACUACCUGUUUUGUUAUGUAGCUAUAGAGUGUGCUAGUUAGCUAUCAACAAUAAACUCUAGCUAAUGGAAUCACGUGGGGAGAGGGGUGUAGAUAGGCUUGGUUCGUUUUCUUUUUCUGUUUUCCAUGAACCAUGGCAGAGAUACCAUGGCUGGAAUAUCUGUUCAUUAACUUAGAGUAAUGAAAUGAAACCCCACUUUGUAAAAUCUCAAUAUAGCCAUUAUAGCUGUGCUUUAAAAAUAAGGUCUGGGAGAGAGAUCCAGUGUACUUCUGAAUGACUAUAGCUUUUCAGGCAAGUCACUUACCAUUUCUGUUCAUUCUGUUUAUGAAAUGGAUAUGAUGUAUACAGAUUCACUUCAUCAGUCCUGUAAGAUUUAAGUCAAUAAUGUUUUAAAAAUAAUCAUCACCUGAAAAACUCUAAGAACACAAAGUAUGAAAACAUACACAUUUGAAAUAGUUUUAAACUUAGACCAUCAGUAAAAUGGUUCUCCUAGUUCAAUCAGCCUUGUUUAAAUAUCCUUUCUGGAAAAAAUUUCAAAUGAAGCUUCCUAUGACCUUUCCCCUCAUGGGAAAAGUCUCUUUAAAUGAUCUAUCCAGGAAGGAAAUAAACAGAAUACAGGUGUUAGCAGACUACUGAAAGCAAGCUGUAAAUAAAAUUCAGAUGAAAAAUUAAUUAUCCUUAUCUAUAAGCCCUUUACUUCUUUCUGAUUACGUUGUCAACCCUAAAAGUUAAGGGCACCGAGUCCCCCCUUUACUCUAGUGUUUAAAUGUCACCAUAGAGAGAGUCAGACUACAAACGGAGGAGCGUGAUGCCUUUCUUGACUCCAUCUCAACCAUUCACCCAAGGUCACAGCAACAGGCAUAAUAUGGUGGAGGACGCAGCCCUCUGCUCAGGUCAGGGCGCCCAUGGUAGUGGAUGCCAGCACUGGUUUCCUGUUGUUGAGAAAGACAGCACAGUCACAGAGUGACGUGUGUAUCUCUUUUGAGCUUGGCUCAUAAUUUACAGUGCCCCUCAAAUUAUUUCUAAUUCCUAGAAUUUGACUUUUAGGCAUACCCUCCUGAAUUUUCAUCUCUUUGUUAUAUUAAAUAUGUUAAAAUGUAUGGUUUCGCUUUUAUUGACAUUUGGUAUAAAAAUUAUGUCCAUGAAAAAAAUUUAAACGUGUUCAAUAAAUGCAAUUUUAAUGUACUCAGUAAAACUGAUUGUGCCCUUAUAUUGGAUGUUGAAAUUGUGCCCUUAUAUUGGAUGUUGAACACUCCCCAAAGCUAAUCGCUUAAAAUCUAUUAGAAAUUUAUUGUAUAAUUAUAAAUUGCCUUAAUAAAGCAGAAGACAUAAAAAGGCAGUUUAAUAUCCAAGACGUUUCCAAAUUUAGAAAAAGCCAUUCUUGUAAAAAUUCCAGUUCUUAAUCCGCUUUUAGCUUGGCCUUGGAGUUUAGAAACAGUGUCAUGGAAUUCAACACCUGCUUCCAAAGUUUGAAAACACUAAGCUUACUAGGAUCUUUGAUUUUUAAUUUAAUCCAAACUAUUUCAGGAUUGUUAAAGCUAAUUUAUAUUGAAAGCUGGAUACGCACUGAUUCCUAGGAUCAUUAGAGAGUGCUGGAUAUGAAUGUAAUCUCUAAGCGUAAAAAGCUUUGGGUAUGUAUACAUCUAGAUGGGUUUUAGAAUAUUUUGACAUCUGGGAUUACCAGAUUAAAACAUUUUUGAGAGUUCUGGACCAGGAUGGUGACAUAGGAGGCUCCUGAACUCGCCUGCUCCACAGACACCAAAUUUACAGCUACACACGGAACAGUUCCCUCAGAGAGAAGUUCAGAAACUAGCUGAGCAACUCCUACACGUUGGGUGAACGAGAAAAUGCCCAUGUUGAAAUGGAUAAGAAAGACUGAGACAUACUGUCACCAUAAAUCUCACCCUUGGCACAGUGAGAUACAAUCAGGAGGGAGCACACAACUCCCAGCUUCUGCCUGAGGAGUGAAGGGUUUGGGCCCAACAUCCAGUGCCCCAACUUUCAAGUCUUCCACCUGAAGGAUGGACCCCCCCACACACCAAAACACCUAGCUUUGAAAGCCAGCAGGGCUUGCAUCCACAAGACCCACAGGUCUAUAGCAAAGAAGAAAACAGUUCUAAAUGGGCUUGCAAGGACUCACAGUGGCUCUCCCCCCAGGGCUCAGCACAAGGGCAGCAGACAGAAAUGCCCAUCUCCCAGCCUUUUCCUGAAAGAUGCCCAUUUGCUUAUCUUAAAAGCUGCGGCCUGAGGGUCAGGCUUCUAAUUUAGCACACAUCUAGAGGAUGACUGUGAUCUUCCCUGGGGACCAGGGAGGCUGGUGGUUCUGUCUCUGCAUUCUCCCUCUUGCCCACUCGAGGUUGCUGGUGUCUUCCUGGAAGGAGCUUCAACACAUCUCUAGUGCCCUGUCUUUUGUGGCUGUUACCCAGGGAGUGCACCGCUUGAUUACUUGCCUCUGAUGGCCAGCAAGCCUUGUGUUUGUGGAUCCCACAGGACUGUACAAAGAAACAGUUCCAUCUCCUUAUUGCUCAGCACAGAGGGAGCAGACAGAAACACCCAUCUUCCAGUCUUUCCCUGGACGGGUCUAUCUGUAUACUUGAAAAGCUGCUGCCUGAGGGUUCAGUUUCCAAUCAGCCUGCAUCUAGGUACUGACUGAGAAUGUUCCCUUUGGAACACUGAGAGGUCCUAGCAGAACCUCAACUCCCGGGAGCCACUAAGAACAAAGAAGGAGGUUCAGACAGUCACAGAGUUUGAGAGAUAACCAAGAGCUUGAUGGGCUGAAUCCUAGGUUCAUCUCCUACACGAGACCACUCUGUCAAGACUGGGGACUUCCCUGGUGGCGCAGUGGUUAAGAAUCCACCUGCC